AUGCUGGAGGUAUAUCGUCACGGGGGGCGGUAUGGCCAUCGUGCGCAUCACGCUUAUCAGUCCACAGCAAUCCAGCCUCAUAGAGCUGUUAGCAGCUUCGCUGCUCUGGGCGACUGGACGGAUGCGCUGCUGCCGCGGAGCAGCACUUCUGCGCCUUCGUCCUCCUUCAAUGUUUGGGAUCUGUCCCCGAACAAGCUUCGUACUGCAGCGGUAGCAUUUACCUUCGUCGUGACUGCAGGCUACAUUAGUCUCCUUGCCGCGGGAGGGCUCCUCGCCAUCCUCGUCACUGGCGCAGUGGUAACUUGCUGCGUCCUUCUUACCGUGCUCACCUGCGCAACCCUCAUCACCCUCAUUGUCACGGGAGUGCCUGUCGGCUACGCCCUCAUUCGUCUGGCCAUGGCGGCGCGCAACGGCGCCAAGUCGUACGGCAGCGGCGCCGCCGCCGCCGCACCAGGCCUCUUCUCCGGACUGUUCGGCGGAGCUCAGAAGCAUCACCACCAUCAUCAGCAGCAGCAGGACGAUGACCAUGAAGAGGAAAACCAACAGGGCGCUGGCUGCGGCGGCGGUUUGAAUGGCCGUCCGUACGGCGGCGCCAGCGGGUGGCGCUUCCGUACUGAUGGAGAUGAUGAAGGGGAGGAGGAGUGACAGUCAUGUGAGAGCCGUUUCAAGGGGCUCUCCCAAAAGCAUCAAGUAUGACGGAGGUUAGGAAGGAUGGAGGGCUGAUGUUCGGUCUGGGCUUUUUAGGAUCUGGAAGAUUUCUUUGUUAAGUGUUGUAAAAGGUUGAGUGUUAUUUUGACUGGAACCAAAAGCGAAAAUUGAAACAUAUGGUGCUCUGGCGUGGUGGCGAUGGGUGACGGUGGUGUGGGGCUGGGCCUGAUGGGUGUCAUUAAAGGGGGAUGCAAGGCCGAGGGCCAAACAACAACACCAACAAGAACAACGCAGGACUGGUACGUUGUGUGCCC